UCUCAGGACGCUACCUCCUCACUUGCGGCAUGUUGCCCGAGUCUGCACCUGUGCCUGUGCUAUCGUUGCUCUACACGCCCGCCCCCAUGAACGACUGCUGGCGAGCAUCCCCUAGUCCCUGCGUCUUGGUAGUCUACUGCCAGCCCAUCAACCUCCCCGCGACCAUGUGUAUGGCUACACCGACGACUCGGCGUGGCCGUCUGCCUGCAAACCGUUCCUUGGCCCAUGUCUUCCCUCCGCCCGCUUUGCAACGGUUGGCAAAAAGUCAGACGUUCCGCCCGUCUUCACUUCGCAUCCCUACUCAACCACUCUCCCGAUGCUUGUACCCGUGACGUAAUGUGGAGGCAACCUCGGGCCUAAGACGAGAAGCAGCCUAUGCCGAGCGCGCUUGUUGCACUGCAAGCGUCCUCCGCCCUUCUCCAAGAUUGGCCCCAGCCAGUCAGGCUCCACAGACAGACCCUGUUAGGCUCCUUGCA